AUGGACAUCAAACAGGAUCAAAAUGAAACACUACGGAAGUAUACCGCCCGGUUCAAUCUCGCUGCUCUGGAGGUGCCAGAGGCGGAGUCACAGAUAAAGAAUUGUGCAUAUGUCAAAGGAUUGAAGCCGGGGCUUUUCUACGACGAAUUACAAAUCAGACCAGCAAGAGAUUUCGAUAAUAUCAUGGCAAGGUUACCAGGGUAUUUACAGUUGGAGGAUGCCCGGAUGGCGCGAAAGGCUGAAAAUGAUAAACAUAAGGCUAAAAGGGCCGAAGCUGCACCGGAGCAGAACAAUAGGAAUCAGGACCGGGCACCCUUCAGAGGGUUGCCCCCUAGGAACCAGUCGUUUUUCUGGGCACCGAGCACUUAUAAGGACGGACAGCCACAGCAGGGGCCCAACAACAAGUUAUGUGAAUACCACAACGCCUACGGGCACUACACUAGAUACUGUGGACACCUCAAGCAUCAACUGGAGUUCUUAGUGCGCCAGGGCAACUUGGACCAGUUUAUCGCCAGGGGAAAUGAGGGUCAGGGUCAACCGCCGCAGGGAAACGACCACAGACAAGUUCAAGGGAAUGACCGGGAUCGAUGCCCGGAGGAAAACCGCGAUCAACAUAGAGGAGCCAUGCAAGGUCGGGCACCUCCCCACCCGCCCAGAAGGGAAGUGCACAUGAUUUUCGGCGAGAAUGGGAUACCAACUUCCAAUCGAGCCAAGAAACAAGUCGUGCGGGUGGUAAGGUCAGGGUAUUAUCCCAAGCAAGUAAUGGUCACAGGUACAGCGGAGGUGCCGGUCAUUACUUUCGGGUCAGAGGACCUGCGUACGCUCAUGUACCCCCACGAUGAUGCACUGGUCUUCACAGCAGAUAUAACAUCUUGCAUUAAUAUGGGGAUUGAAGCUAAUAUCGAGCCCACGAACGCCCCUUUGUUCGGAUUUGGGGGGGAAAUCGUCAUGCCGCUGGGAUUCGUGGAGCUACCGGUCACCCUCGGCAGGACGGAUGCUUGCAAAACUAGGAUGAUAUGA